AUGUAUCAUCGAGAACCGAUUCCAAGUACGGACUGGGCUAGCUUAAGAGAUUUAUUCUUAAUUGAAUGGCCAAAGCAUAUUGUUUCGUAUUCAUUGCUGCAAAACUACAUUACUUGGUUAACUAAAGAUCCAAAAUAUGUGAAAGAAAAUGUUGAAAUUUAUUCUCUAAAUGGAGAUUGGAAAGAUGGAACGUUUUAUCUUGUGGACGAUUCAUAUUUGUUUUUCGACUCCUUGGAUGCAGAUAACAUGCGUUUGGAGAUAUUAUUGGAUAUGUCGUUGGAUAAAACAAAGACCUAUCGAUGUCGUAGUGUAAAUGACUGUCACUUAUCGAUUUUAAAUCGAGUGAUCCAACGCCUUGGAAUGAAAAAGUCUUAUGAAAUGGAUGGAUUAAUGGUACAUACGCCACGUGAAUUUAUUUUGACUUUUCCAGAUCCUACUCCUCCUGAUGGCGUUUACUUUGCAUCACUGAAUCCUAAACACGCAAAACUUAUCGCUUCAUUUUAUCCAUUGCGAGAUCAAUCUACGCCUGGAUUAUUUGACCGUACCAUUCGUUUGAAUACAACUUUAGGAGCUUUUGAAAAGGAAACCGGCAAACUCAUCGGAUGGUGCAUGCAAUUCCAAUCGGGUGAAAUGACAGCCUUGCAAAUUAUUGAUAAAAAAUGGCUUCGUUCGGGUUUAGGAGGCCUAAUUGUAGUAGCAGCAUCUCGAAAAGUCGCGCUUCUGGGCUCAGAUUUCUUUGCUGUCAUAGAUUCAAACAAUGUUGCAUCAAAGAAGUUUAUGGCCAAGCAACGUGAAAUGGGUAUAAUUGUAAAUAUCAUUGGUACUACGCAUCAUAUCGUGUUUGGACCUGAAAAAAGAAAAGCCUUCAGUUGA